UCCAAUCAGGGGAGCCGCCGGAGCCGUACGUGCGGGCGACGCGCCGUGGACGCCGUGGACGCCGUGGACGGCGAGGGCUGUGUGCGGUGGCUGCUGUGCGUCCGAGCCUCGCACCCGCUGGCGCCGUCCUUACGGGCUUCGGGAGGUUCCGCCGCGUCCUGGGUCGCCGCGACCUGCGCUGGCCGCGGCAGCCGGAUGGUGGGCGACCCAGCACCCCGGAAACCGAGCGAUGAUUCCUAGCGCUGUCUCAUCCAUCCUCCUCCACACGUAUGUGGGAUGUUUUAGGACGCAGUGGCCUUUGAGGAUGUGGCUGUAAACUUCACCCUGGAGGAAUGGGCUCUGUUGGAUCCUUCACAGAAGAAACUCUACAGAGAUGUGAUGCGGGAAACCUUGAGGAACCUGGCCUCAGUAGGGAAAAAGUGGAAAGACCAUAACAUUGAUGAUCAGUACAAAAACCAGGGAAGAAAUCUAAGGAGUCCUAUGGUAGAGAGGCUCCAUCAGAGUAAAGAAGGUGGUCAGUGUGGAGGAAACUUCAGCCUUAUUCCGCAUCUUAAUCUGAACAAGAAAACUUCUACCGAGGUAAAACCGUGGGAGUGCAGCGCGUGUGGAAAAGUCUUUAUGCGCCAUUCGUCCCUUAAUAGGCAUAAGAGAUCUCACGCUUCGCCAAAGCCAUACAAGUAUCAGGAGUAUGGAAAAAAGCCUUAUAAAUGUAAAGAGUGUGGAAAAGCUUUCAGUUAUCUCCAGCCUUUUCAAAAACAUGAAAGAAACCACAGCGUAGAGAAAUCUUACAAAUGUAAGGAAUGUGGGAAAUCCUUUCGAUACCGCCAGUCUGUUCGAAAACACGAAAGGACUCACACCGGGGAGAAACCCUAUCAGUGUAAACAGUGUGGAAAGGCCUUUAGAUAUCAUCAGACCUUUCAGACACAUGAAAGGACGCACACGGGGGAGCAGCCCUAUCAGUGCAAGCAGUGCGGGAAAGCCCUCAGCUGUCCCAGCUCCUUUCGCAGUCAUGAAAGGACUCACACGGGAGAGAAACCGUACGAAUGUAAAAAGUGUAGUAAAGCCUUCAGUUGUCCCAGCUCCCUUCGAAAACAUGAGAGAACUCACACCGGAGAGAAACCCUACGACUGUAAGGAAUGCGGGAAAGCCUUCAUUUCUCUCGGGAGCUUCCAAAGACACAUGAUCACGCACACUGGAGUCGGACCUUAUAAAUGUAAGGAGUGCGGGAAGGCAUUCAGCUGUCCCAGUUCGUAUCGGAUACAUGAAAGAUCUCACACCGGAGAGAAACCCUACGAGUGUAAGCAGUGUGGUAGAGCCUUCAGUUGUUCCAGUUCCUUCCGAACACACGAAAGGACUCACACUGGCGAGAAACCCUACCAGUGUAAAGAAUGCGGAAAAGCCUUCCAUUGGCUCACCACGUUUCAAGUGCAUGUGAGAACUCACACUGGAGAGAAGCCCUAUAUAUGUAAGCUGUGCGGGAAAGCCCUCAGUUGUCCCACGUCCUUCCGAAGACACGAAAGGACUCACACCGCGGAGAAGCCCUAUGAAUGUAAACAGUGUGGGAAGACCUUCAGCUCUCCUCUAGGCUUGCAAAUACACGGGAGAACUCACACUGGCGAGAAACCCUAUAAAUGUGAGGAAUGUGGGAAGGCCUUCGUCUCCCUCACCAGUUUUCGCAGACAUAUGAUGACACACACUGGAGACGGACCUUAUAAAUGUAAGGAGUGUGGGAAAGCCUUCAAUUGUCCCAGCUCCUUCCGGAUACACGAAAGAACUCACACGGGAGAGAAACCCUAUGAAUGUAAAAUAUGCAGUAAAGCCUUCAGUUGCUCAAGUUAUGUUCAGGUACAUGAAAGAACUCACACGGGAGAGAAACCCUAUGAAUGUAAGGAAUGCGGGAAAGCCUUCAUUUAUCGCACAACCUUCCGAGGACACAUGAGAGUGCACACUGGAGAGAAACCUUAUAAAUGUAAAGAAUGUGGGAAAGCCUUCAGUCGACCCAGUUCGUUUAGAAGCCAUGAAAGAAUUCACACUGGAGAGAAACUUCUUGAAUGUAAACACUGUGGGAAAGCCUUCAAUUGGCCCACAUCCUUACAUAAACACGUGAUGAGAAUGCACACAAGAUAGGUAAAUUGUUAACUGAAAAGUACAGGAGAGCGUUCAGUCUUAACAAACACAGAGUCGUGUAAAAACACCACUGGAGAAAAAUGACAUAAACGUAAGAAACAUGGGAAAGUCUGAUGCACAAAGACAGUACUCCAGAGAAUUCACCACGUGAAAGAAAUGCUUCAGAAGUUGAAGAUAAUGAAUUUGGUUCUGAAACUCAGUCUCUGGACUAUAGCUUCUGGUUGUUGCUUUUCAGCUGAACGUUGAGUUGAGACAAUUCUGUGAGCAUUGUUUAAGCAAUAGUACGGAAGCUUAGUAAGUAGUCUUUUUCCUGAAAUCAGUUUGUAAACGUUUUGUCUUUCCAUUUUCAAGUCUAUUGGAUCUAUGGGUGAGUUACGGUGUAUUUGUAAUAUGUAAGUACUAAUUUUUAUAUAAUUUCUUAACUGUUCUGAACGUGAAGGGGCUAUGGUAUAAUGACAUUUUGGUACUUGUUGGGAUUUUCUCAUGGACCUCCCGUCACAGGUACUGGAUAUUCCUUGUCUCUUAUAAAUAUUCCUCCUUUCAUAUGUGAAAUGGUUUCUGUUUUUUUUUGUUGUUGUUGUUGUUGUUUUAAUCCAAAGAGUCUUUUCUUUCCUGGUUAAUAAAUUGUAGGCAUCAAUUUGUAAGUAUGCAGAGUUUAUCAUAGGGUAUAAUCUCAUUGGAAUCGCUGUUUACGUCUUUUCCCUUGACUCUGUUAUUUCUCCCAACUGUGAUUUGGAGAUUAUACUUAAAGAGACCAAAAAAAAAAAAAAAAAAAAAAAAAGUAGCAUUGGAGAUAGCACUCCUGGAAUGCGUUAGGUCAACAUGGGUAAUGUUGUGACCUAAUUUUCUAGAAUCUGCUCUCUUUAUAGUUUCAUGUUAGAAUUCACCGGUAGCCUCACUUGCAUGAGAGCUGGAAGGCAAAAAGGAAGCAGGCCUUAGUUUUUGGAAUCACGGUACAGACAGUGAUCGAUACCAUAGGAAUUUUGCCUACACCUUCCAGCCCGUUUUGCUGAUUCUUUGCCCUGCCCGUCAAGAGUAUCUUCAGUACCACCGUCAGCUACUUGACUUCCAUUUUCUCAGAGCUGUAGCUUUCCACAGAUGCCGCCACGAGGCCUACGACCUGGCAGAGGUUGAUGCCACUUGGAUUUUCCCGCAAGCCAUCACGUGUCCACCAGACCAUCAUGGUUGAGAAUGUUCUUUAAAGCGCUGACUUCCCUCUUCUCUGGAUUGUAUUUGUAUAGGGUCUAAUUGGUGUAGUAAACCCCUUGUUCUGUUAAUACUCCUAAUUACUGUGUGUUCCUGAUUUCCCCAGUACAGCUACAACAGGCAGCCAAGAGGAACCCCAUGGUAACUUAUUCCUCUACCGCAUUGUGCAGUGACUUCUGUGAAAAUAAGCCUUUUCGUGUGAAAAUAAGCACCUUCUCCUUAUCAGGCAGAUUGUGGGUGUUUCUGAUUACUCACAUCUGAACAUAAGUCUUCGGUAUAUUUUCAAUUAUGUUUUUAUGUGAUUUAAAACAUUUUCUAAAGCUCAAACCACUGUUUCUGUCCAUGGUCCUUAAAAUUUUUUUAUUAACUGUUGGAUAUUAACAAAUGUUAUCUUCUCCAUUUCCUGAUAGGAUAUAUUAAAACGUCCCAUUGAGAUUGUGGCUUUUCAAGUCAACCUGUAAUUUUGUCAGCAUUAUGCAUUCCGAGGGUCAUCGUGUGCAGACGAGUUCAGAUAUUUUUUCCUCCAAUUUUGUUUUUUAUUCUGUAGUCGUAAUUUUUGUAAUUAAAUUUCUCGUCCUCCGUUAUUCAUUCCAAAA